GACUGGAAAUCAGGCAGGUGUCUCUGAUUGCCAGCAAGUGUUGCCCAUAGACAGUAAAGGCGUUUGCGCCCAGUAAUAUGGCGGCCACGUUCAUGUAUGCCGCUUAAUAGAACUUGACAGACAAUGUGGUAUGUAGCUUUAAUAUCUAUGGUUUUGUCAUUGAAGGUCUGCUCGAUUUGAUACAGUAGCAUAACUUUAAAGUCAUGAUGACAAAAAGAAAAUUAAGUGAUUGUGGUUAAUUCUCUUUACAGAUUCAAGAAAUUGAUAUUUUAUCUAGGCCUACUUGUGAAUAUUUCAUCUGUACAACAGAAUACAACAUACUACUCAAACAUAUACUGUCAUUAUGUCUUUAGAAUUACAAUAUUGUUGUAAAUGUGACCGUAGUUUAAUGUUUGGGCAACUACAUUUUGGAGCCUCUCUGUGUUUGUUUGUGUGUGUGUGUGUGUGUGUGUGGGGGGGGGGUCAAACUACUAGUAUUGCAAAACCUAGCAUGCAACAGGCCAAUGAACAAUCAGACUUAUCAAGAGGUGUGUGUGUGUGAGAGAGAGAGAGAGAGAGUGUGUGUGUGUGUGUGUGAGUGAGUGAGUGAGUGAGAAGGGGUGGGAGAGACAGAGAGAUAAGGUAUGGAACAGUUGCUUAUCAAGUCGUGUGUGUGUGUUUGAGAGGUGUUUUCUCUCCUAUGUGUCUUAGAAACAGAGACAAAAGCCAUGACAGUAGUUAAAGAGUUAUGAAGAUUCAUGGGAAGAUUUUGAACCAUUACCUCUCCUGCAGUUCAUCCACGGACAAAGAGGGAUAUCUGUACAAAAAGGGUGAGGUGAACACAUCCUAUCAGAGGCGCUGGUGCAUCUUGAAGGGGAACCUGCUGUUCUACAAGGAGCGUCCAAGCGAGCGAGACGUUGCGGGCGUCAUCGUGCUGGAGGGGUGCUCCGUGCAGCUGUGCGAGUCCGAGGAGAAGUUCGCCUUCUCGCUGGUGUUCAGCGAGCCGGGCCUGCGCACGUACAAGUUUGCAGCCGAGGACCAGGCCAGCCUGGAGGGCUGGAUUAAAGCCUUACUGUUGGCCAACCAUGGCUACCUCGCACUGCUCGUGAAGGACCUGCAGGAGCAAUACCUUGAGGCUGCUUGUGCAGCUGGAGAGACCCCAGCAGACCCACAGUGCCUGGGGGGAGACGGCAUGGCCCAGUCCCACUCUCGAGGCCUCAUCCCGGGGUCCAUCUUCUACACCAGCCCCCCUGCCCCGGAGGCGAGGGACUCUGUGGACCUGGGUGCUCCGCAGCAGCUGCUCCUGAACGCACCCACCAACGCCAAGGCAGCCAAUAAGAAGUCUCCAAAGCUGUGGCCCAAACGGAACGCGCUGGUCGCCCCAAUCAAUGGCCCCGCCCCGCCUCAGGGGGUGUGGUCAGACCCCACGGAGGACUUUAGGCAAAUGCAUGAGGAGUUCGGGAAGGAAGUGAAAGAACUGAUUGCUGAUUGGUCAAAGAGGAAACCGGAAGAGGCUUCAGUGCAAGGUGAUUUGAUUGAUCUGAGCUGAUACCAAAAUAAUAACGUCAAAAUAAUAUGUCAGAAGCAGAAUACCAUAUAUUUUUUUGAAAUAUUUAAGAACUUAAAAUCGUAAUUGUAAAUUAAAAUCUGUAUUACCAAGGAAUUAAUAUUAAUGCACAGUCUUUCCAGAUUGGGCCUGAACUAAGCUAUGGUACAUUUACAUUUGUUUUGUGUUGUUGUUUGUUUUCAUUAGUGUACAUCAACAGAUGGCAUAGGCACUGUAAUGUUCUUAAUAUGCACUAAAUUGCACUUAACGUUGUAGUCCCAACACUGCAUGUCUUAGUACUGUGACGUGAAGAGAGAAGUAGAGUAUCUUGGUGUCUGAUAUAGUGGGGACCCAGCAUACCGUGACUCACUUGCCGUUGUCUGGUAGCAGGUGCCAUCGGGAGACAGUCGGAGCAAGCUCUGUUUCAAUUUCAAUUUUCAAUUUCAAUUUUCAAUUUCAAUUUCACAGAGUGUUAAAACAUUCAAUGCACUCCAUGCACGACUCCAUUUUGGAUUGGCUUGUACUGGCAUAUCAACUUCCUGUUUACAUUAAUACAUUGGCAGAUAUGUCUCUUUUCUAUAGUCAUUGUCUUCAAAACCUUGUCUCGCGUCUAAUGUAGACCGACUUUGUGAAAAUGUGUGCCACUCACUCCAGCACGGAAAAGAGUUUAAAAUGUUCUUUAGCUUAAUCAAGCAACUUAUGUCAUUGAACUGGUUACAUAACUUUAGCUAUGGUGAUCAACUAGCAAUAGCCUACAAUAUUAAAACUUAGAGGCCAGUAAACUGUUAUUUUCUGUCAUAGCCUGUACAGUGAAACAGGAAGUUGAUUGCCCAGUAGGAAGCAAAUCCAAAAUGGAGUCAUGCAUAGAGCCUAUAUUCGGCCCCAGAUCUGAUGGAUCAGUCUACUGAAAUCUGUGCCAGCUUAACUACACAUUUUUUAAAGUGGCAGUUCGUACAGUAAGACAUAUUGGGACAUAUUGAAAAGUGAUGCAAAGGUAGCUCAGUUUUUCAGUACACUUGUAUUAAAACUGUACUGUAAUCAUAAUUCAUAAACAUCAUACUAACAGACUGAUGAACAGAUAAUGAACCAUUCAUGACCAUUUUCAAUAGGCUCUGUGACUAUGCAAACUUUACUAUAAGCUAAAGAAUUGCCAAGAUGCAUGAGGUGCCAAAGUGGGUUUUUAAAAAUGUUUUGCCACAUGUGAAGCCUAACCCAAAUGCAUAGGGCCUGCUGUGCAUCACCCAGCUGGGUGCUAUACAUUUAUGGUGGUUAGUGAGGUUCACCAUUCACUGUAAAACACGUUGGGUGCUUGAAAAGUUUGAAAAGUGCUAUUUAAAUGCAGUGAGUUCAUUCAUGUGUUGUUGCUAAAAUAUUGUGUGGCAUUUUUUGAUUGAAUGUAGACAUUUUGUUAUACCAAAAAGUCCUUGAUUUAAGACAAGUUAAUGUGUUUAUUAGUCAAGUUUUAUGAUAUUUAAUUUUGAUAGCUGAAUUAUGGUUUGAUGUAGACUAUUAUUUUAUUAGAUGCAUAUUUAUAAUCCUGAAAUUCUGUUUGGUGUAUAUGAGUUAUGUUAACUGUAACUAUAGUUGUGUUUGAAUCCAAAUUUACAAGCCAAGCCAUUAAAAGCGUAGUUUCACAA